AUGGCCCGCGAGCCUGAGGAGGAGGAGACGGCGCGGGCGGCUGCUCUGGCCCGAGGCUGCCGGGGCUCGUCCGGCCCGGCUGGGGCCCGGGCGCGGCGGCCGCCCCUCUGGCUGCUUUGCCUGGGCGCGUGCUGGCUGCUGGGCGCCGUGGCCGACGCCGACUUCUCCAUCCUGGACGAGGCGCAAGUGCUGGCGAGCCAGAUGCGGAGGCUGGCGGCCGAGGAACUGGGGGUCGUCACUAUGCAGCGGAUAUUCAACUCCUUUGUUUACACAGAGAAGAUCUCAAAUGGAGAAAGUGAAGUACAGCAGCUAGCCAAAAAAAUCCGAGAGAAGUUCAAUCGUUACUUGGAUGUGGUCAACCGGAACAAGCAGGUUGUAGAAGCUUCCUAUACGGCUCACCUGACCUCUCCUCUAACUGCAAUUCAAGACUGCUGUACUAUCCCACCUUCCAUGAUGGAAUUUGAUGGGAACUUUAAUACCAAUGUAUCUAGAACAAUUAGUUGCGAUCGACUUUCUACCACUGUUAAUAGCCGGGCCUUCAAUCCAGGACGAGAUUUAAAUUCAGUUCUUGCAGACAACCUGAAAUCCAACCCUGGAAUUAAGUGGCAGUAUUUCAGCUCGGAAGAAGGGAUUUUCACCGUUUUCCCAGCACACAAGUUCCGGUGUAAGGGCAGCUAUGAGCAUCGUAGUAGACCUAUCUACGUCUCCACGGUCCGGCCGCAGUCCAAGCACAUAGUAGUGAUCCUGGACCACGGGGCCUCUGUCACGGACACCCAGCUUCAGAUCGCCAAGGACGCUGCCCGGGUCAUCCUCAGUGCCAUCGACGAGCACGACAAGAUCUCCGUGCUGACGGUGGCAGACACAGUCAGGACGUGCUCGCUUGACCAGUGCUAUAAGACGUUCCUGUCUCCAGCCACCAGUGAGACAAAAAGGAAGAUGUCCACCUUCGUUAGCGGUGUCAAGUCUCUGGACAGCCCUACCCAGCAUGCGGUGGGAUUUCAAAAGGCAUUUCAGCUGAUUCGAAGCACAAACAAUAACACGAAGUUCCAAGCGAAUACAGACAUGGUCAUAAUUUACCUGUCAGCUGGCAUUACAUCAAAGGACUCCUCGGAGGAAGAUAAAAAGGCAACGCUCCGUGUCAUCAAUGAAGAAAAUAGCUUUCUAAACAACUCCGUAAUGAUUCUCACCUAUGCCCUCAUGAAUGAUGGGGUGACUGGCUUGAAAGAGCUGGCUUUUCUGAGAGAUCUGGCUGAACAGAACUCAGGGAAGUACGGUGUGCUGGAUCGGACAGCCUUGCCUGUGAUUAAGGGAAGCAUGAUGGUGCUGAACCAGCUGAGUAACCUGGAGACCACGGUCGGCAGGUUCUAUACCAACCUUCCCAACCGGAUGAUCGAUGAAGCGGUCUUUAGCCUUCCCUUCUCUGAUGAGAUGGGAGAUGGUUUGAUAAUGACUGUAAGUAAACCCUGUUAUUUUGGAAACCUACUUCUGGGAAUUGUAGGCGUGGACGUGAACUUGGCUUACAUCCUUGAAGACGUGACCUAUUACCAAGAUUCUUUGGCUUCCUAUACUUUUCUCAUAGAUGACAAAGGGUAUACACUUAUGCACCCAUCUCUUACCAGGCCAUAUUUACUAUCAGAACCCCCACUUCAUACUGACAUCAUUCAUUAUGAAAAUAUCCCAAAAUUUGAGUUGGUUCGGCAAAAUAUCCUAAGCCUCCCUCUGGGCAGUCAGAUCAUCGCAGUCCCUGUGAACUCAUCCCUGUCUUGGCAUAUAAACAAGCUUCGAGCCCCUGGAAAGGAGGCCUACAAUGUGAGCUAUGCCUGGAAGAUGGUACAGGACACUUCCUUUAUUCUCUGUAUUGUGGUGAUACAACCGGAAAUACCUGUCAAACAACUGAAGAACCUCAACACUGUCCCCAGCAGCAAGCUGCUGUACCACCGGCUGGACCUCCUGGGCCAACCUAGUGCUUGCCUUCACUUCAAACAGCUGGCCACUCUAGAAAGUCCAACCGUCAUGCUGUCCGCCGGCAGCUUUUCCUCUCCCUACGAACACCUCAGCCAGCCGGAGACAAAGCGCAUGGUGGAGCACUACACGGCCUAUCUCAGCGACAACACCCGUCUCAUUGCUAACCCAGGGCUCAAAUUCUCUGUCAGGAAUGAAGUAAUGGCCACCAGCCACGUCACAGAUGAAUGGAUGACACAGAUGGAAAUGAGUAGCCUGAACACAUACAUUGUCCGCCGUUACAUAGCAACGCCCAAUGGCGUCCUUAGAAUUUAUCCUGGUUCCCUCAUGGACAAAGCAUUUGAUCCCACAAGGAGACAAUGGUAUCUCCAUGCAGUAGCUAAUCCAGGUUUGAUUUCUCUGACUGGCCCUUACUUAGAUGUUGGAGGAGCUGGCUAUGUGGUAACCAUCAGUCACACAAUCCAUUCAUCCAGUACUCAGCUAUCUUCCGGGCAUACUGUGGCUGUGAUGGGCAUCGACUUCACACUUAGAUACUUCUACAAGGUUCUUAUGGACUUACUACCAGUGUGUAACCAAGAUGGUGGCAACAAAAUACGGUGCUUCAUAAUGGAGGACCGGGGUUAUCUGGUGGCACAUCCAACCCUCAUUGAUCCCAAAGGACACGCCCCUGUGGAACAACAGCAUAUUACCCACAAGGAGCCCUUGGUAGCAAACGACAUCCUGAACCACCCCAACUUUGUAAAGAAAAACCUGUGCAACAGCUUCAGUGACAGAACAGUCCAGAGGUUUUAUAAAUUCAACACAAGCCUUGUGGGAGAUUUGACAAACCUCGUGCAUGGCAGCCACUGUUCGAAGUACAGACUGGCAAGGAUCCCAGGAACCAAUGCGUUCGUUGGCAUCGUCAAUGAAACGUGCGACUCCCUCGCCUUCUGUGCUUGUAGCAUGGUGGAUCGGCUCUGUCUCAACUGUCACCGAAUGGAACAAAAUGAAUGUGAAUGUCCCUGUGAGUGCCCUCUAGAGGUCAAUGAGUGCACCGGCAACCUCACCAAUGCAGAGAACCGAAAUCCAAGCUGCGAGGUCCACCAGGAGCCAGUGACGUACACAGCUCUUGACCCUGGCCUGCAGGAUGCCCUUCACCAGUGUGUCAACAGCAGGUGCAGCCAGAGGAUGGAGAGUGGGGACUGCUUUGGUGUGCUGGACUGUGAGUGGUGCAUGGUGGACAGUGAUGGAAAGACCCACCUGGACAAAUCCUACUGUGCGCCCCAAAAAGAAUGCUUUGGGGGAAUCGUGGGAGCCAAGAGUCCUUAUGUGGAUGACAUGGGAGCGAUAGGUGACGAGGUGGUGACACUGAACAUGAUCAAAAGUGCCCCCGUGGGUCCCGUGGCUGGAGGCAUCAUGGGCUGCAUCAUGGUCCUGGUCCUGGCUGUGUACGCCUACCGCCAUCAGAUUCAUCGCCGGAGUCACCAGCACAUGUCUCCCCUGGCUGCCCAAGAAAUGUCAGUGCGUAUGUCCAACCUGGAGAAUGACAGAGAUGAAAGGGACGAUGACAGCCACGAGGACAGAGGCAUCAUCAGCAAUACUCGGUUCAUAGCUGCCGUCAUCGAACGACACGCACACAGCCCAGAACGGAGGCGUCGCUACUGGGGUCGAUCAGGAACAGAAAGCGAUCAUGGUUACAGUACCAUGAGCCCGCAGGAAGACAGUGAGAAUCCCCCGUGCAACAAUGACCCCUUGUCAGCCGGGGUCGAUGUGGGAAACCACGAUGAGGACUUGGAUCUGGACACCCCGCCUCAGACCGCUGCCCUCCUAAGUCACAAGUUUCCCCACCCCCGCCCCCACCACCCCACGCUACACCACAGCCACCACUUACAGGCGGCCGUGACAGUACACACUGUCGACGCGGAAUGCUAA